AUGGUUAUUUUCACGUUAUCUCAAGAGCAUGGCUUUGUCCUCAGCGUUUUGGUGUUCUCCCUCUUUCAGCUCCUGGCAAUGAGCUUGCGGGUUGGCAAAGCACGCAAAGUGGCGGGUGUGCCCUAUCCUUAUGUGUAUGCCGAAAAGAAUGAAGCAGAGAAUGAGUUUGACAAACACGUAUUCAAUUGUAUCCAGCGUGUGCAUCAGAAUACGCUUGAGAUGUAUCCUAGCUUUGCUGUAUUGCUCCUUUUGGGAGGUAUCACUCAUCCAUUAAUCAAUGCGGGAGCAGGCUUCUACUACCUGGUAACUCGCGAGGUAUAUGCACGUGGAUAUUCUACAGGUGAACCGAGCAAACGUGGUCUUGGCGUUAGAACUGCAGCCCUUGGUGAGCUCAUCAUGUUGGGGACCACCGUGCACACCAUUUAUCAAGUAUUUACUGGAUCCACGUGA